UUCGUUUCGGUUCGCUUCGACUUGAACGGACGCGCCGCGGACGCUGCUUUGCUGAGAAGUGAGAACUGAGAACAGACCAGGCCAACAAACACCAAACCGAAUCGAAAGCCAAACAAACCAAGCCAAACAAACCUCGCUAGCCGAAGAAAUCGCGUCGGAAAGUCAAGUUGUUGGUGGAAAGCCGUUGGAUAACGCGACGAUUUUAAAUUAUUUUUUUUUCGGUGCGGUGCCAGUGUUUUUUUUGUUGUUUGUUGGUUUUUCCACAAAGUUUGUUUUCGUUUUUGUCGUGGAAAUGCGCGCGCGCAUUUAAGAAGCAGUGAAACGGGGAAAACUAAAAAACGCAGCUGCCUGCAACAACAACAAAAGCAACAACAGAUACAAAACAAGGAACCAAAGAAGAUAUCGAAAUCGAAAUCAACUUGCAACUUGCAACACAAUCGUUGUUGCUUUUUGGCCCCUGAACUUGGCGGCCCCAAUCCUCCUUUUGGCAGGCGUCGGAAGGAGCCGCUCGGCAGCGGCAGCUGCGGCGGCACCGCAUGGAUCAUGCCGUGAAGGCGACGCGCGGCCGCCCGCUCAACACGCUGCGCUUCGAGAACGACGAGCUGGAAUGCCUCUACCAGCGUUACACACUGAAGCUGCAGCGCUUCUCGGUGCUGGGCGUGGUGGCCUUGGUCUUCGUCCUCUGCGGCGUGAUGGCGGCCCUCUCGCUGGCCUUCAAUAAUGCGGCCACGUUUCACAACAUCUUCAAUGCGAUCGUGUGCGGCCUGUUCGCAGUGGUGCUGAUCCUCCUGCAAUGCUCGGUGAUCAAGGACCACCACCUGCCCACCUUGUGCUACGGAAUACUGCUGUUCACGGCCAGCAUCUGUGUAGUAUCGAUGCCAACGCUGGGCAGCGUUUUCCCCGUCGACACCAAGGAGGUGAUGGCCGAGGGCGUCUGGCAGAUCGUGUUCGUCGUCUUCCUCGCCUAUGCGAUGAUGCCGCUGCAAAUCUGGGAGGCGGUGGCCUUUGGCAUCGCCCUGCCCUCGGUGCACAUCUCCCUGACGGUCUACAAGAUAUUCACGGAUGCGCUGCGCUAUCUGGAGUACAACCAGCUGAUCGCCAAUAUUGUCAUCUUCAUUGGCGUGAAUGUGGCCGGUCUGGUGGUGAACAUCAUGAUGGAGCGAGCCCAGCGGCGAACAUUUCUCGAUACGCGCAACUGCAUCGCAUCGCGGCUGGAGAUCCAGGACGAGAACGAGAAGCUGGAGCGCCUGUUGCUAUCCGUACUGCCGCAGCACGUGGCCAUGCAGAUGAAGAACGACAUCCUGUCGCCGGUGGCCGGCCAGUUCCAUCGCAUCUACAUCCAGAAGCACGAGAACGUCAGCAUCCUGUUCGCGGACAUCGUCGGCUUCACCGUGCUCUCCUCGCAGUGCAGCGCCCAGGAGCUUGUGCGUCUGCUCAACGAGCUCUUCGGCCGCUUCGAUCAGCUGGCCCAUGACAACCACUGUUUGCGAAUUAAAAUCCUCGGCGACUGCUAUUAUUGUGUCUCCGGAUUGCCAGAACCGCGAAAGGAUCACGCCAAAUGCGCCGUGGAAAUGGGACUCGAUAUGAUCGAUGCCAUUGCCACCGUGGUGGAGGCCACCGACGUCAUCCUGAACAUGCGCGUGGGCAUCCACACGGGCCGUGUGCUCUGCGGGGUCCUGGGCCUCCGCAAGUGGCAGUUCGAUGUGUGGUCGAAUGACGUGACCCUGGCCAAUCACAUGGAGUCGGGCGGUGAGCCCGGCCGAGUGCACGUGACCCGGGCCACCCUGGACUCGCUGUCCGGUGAAUACGAGGUGGAGGCCGGGCACGGAGAUGAGCGGUCCUCGUACCUACGCGACCACGGCGUGGACACGUUCUUCAUUGUGCCGCCACCGCAUCGUCGCAAGCCCCUGAUGCUCAACACUUUGGGCGUUCGCUCGGCGAUCGGCAGUCGACGGAAGCUCUCGUUCAGGAACGUUUCCAAUGUGGUCAUGCAGCUGCUGCACACGAUCAAGUUCUCCGAACCGGUGCCGUUCUCCAAUAUAGCCACCGGAUCCUUUCCCUCGGCGGCCAGCGCCUUGGGCGGCGGAGGAGUGGCACUCGGCGGAGGAGGAGGAGGUGCGGCACGGGGAAGCACCUGCGAGGCGAGCGCCGGCAGCGUUCAGGUGUCCGAGAAGGGAUCGCGCAAGGUGAUACGUCUGCAAAAGAUCUUGCAUGCAACACCGCCACCGCACGGCAUUGGCUAUGGCAGCGUCGUCGGCAGCGGCGGCGGUGGUGACAGCAGCGGUAUUUCCGGUUCCGGUUCCGGUUGCGGUUCUGGUUCCAAUUCUGGUUCCGGUGGUGGUAUUGCCGCUGGCAUUGGGGGCAGUGUUCAAGUGACCGUAGGCACCAAUCCCAACUCUACAGCGAGUACGAUUAGUCGCAUUCAUAGGCACAAUCACAAGAACAAUAAAUCGCAGUCCAAGGUGGCGGACAAGUUCAAGAGGCCAUUCCGGAAGCGUCACUCGGUGGCGGCCCACCAUCAGCCCACGAAUCGGGUGAACCGGUUCCUCUCGCAGGCGAUCAACGCGCGUUCAGUGGACUGCGACAAGUCGGAACAUGUCGAUCGGUUGACCCUGCGCUUCCGGCAGAGCGACAUGGAGCGGGAAUAUCACAAGGACUUCGAUCUGGGCUUCACCACAGCGAUGGGCUGCUCCCUGCUGCUCCUGAUUUUGGGUGCUGCCCUCCAGGUGACCGCCCUGCCGCGCACCCUCAUCCUGCUGCUGCUCUUCCUCUUCGCCUUCAUCUGGGUGAGCGCCAUCCUGAUGCUCCUGCUGGCCGUGCGGCUCAAGUGGAUCAUCUGGGACAUCUCGGAGAGCUUCUCGCUGCGCAUGGCCAUCACGAUAUUCACGGUCAUACUCAUUUACUCCGUGGGACAGGUGAAUGUGUUCACUUGUGUCUCGGACCAUCCAUGCUCGGGAAAUGCGACGUCCUCCUUCCCGAACGACUCGCAUCGCAAGUGCUCGCUGCCCCAGUACGUCUCCCUAUCGGCGGCCUUUGCCUUCCUAUCAGUGUCCGUGUUCCUCAGGCUUCCCAUCAUAUUCAAAUCGCUGCUGGUGCUGGGCAUGGGCACCAUCUAUGGCCUGUUCAUAGAGCUGUCGCAUCAGAACAUCUUCGAGUGCUACGACAACCGGGUCAACGCCUCGAUUCCACUUCACUUGAUCUCGCUGGCCCGCAUUGGCAUCUUCAUGAUUGCCAUUCUGGUGCACGGCCGCCUGGUGGAGGGCACUGCCCGGCUGGACUUCCUCUGGCAGCUGCAGGCCUCGCAGGAGAAGAAGGAGAUGGACGUGCUGCAGGAGUCGAACAAGCGCAUUCUGCACAAUUUGCUGCCCGCUCAUGUGGCUGCACAUUUCCUCGAUGCGCAAUUCCGCAACAAUAUGGAGCUCUACCACCAGAGCUACGCCAAGGUGGGCGUCAUCUUUGCCAGCGUUCCGAAUUUCAACGAGUUCUACACGGAAAUGGAUGGCUCCGAUCAGGGAUUGGAGUGCCUCCGUCUGCUCAACGAGAUCAUCGCGGACUUUGAUGAGCUGCUGAAGGAGGAUCGCUUCCGGGGCAUCGAUAAGAUCAAGACCGUUGGCAGCACCUACAUGGCCGUCGUGGGUUUGAUACCCGAGUACAAGAUCCAGCCCAACGACCCCAAUUCAGUGCGACGCCACAUGACGGCACUGAUCGAAUAUGUGAAGGCCAUGCGGCAUUCACUGCAGGAGAUCAACAGCCACUCGUACAACAACUUUAUGCUGCGCGUGGGCAUCAACAUUGGCCCCGUGGUGGCUGGAGUAAUCGGAGCUCGGAAGCCGCAGUACGACAUUUGGGGCAACACGGUGAACGUGGCCAGCCGCAUGGACUCCACCGGAGUGCCUGGCUACUCGCAAGUGACCCAGGAGGUGGUCGACAGCCUGGUGGGCUCGCACUUUGAGUUCCGUUGUCGCGGGACCAUCAAGGUGAAGGGCAAAGGCGACAUGGUCACCUAUUUCCUGUGCGACAGUGGCAAUAAGUCGCUCAACGGCGAGGUGCGCAAUGCCAUGUCCCUGCCGCAGAGUCUCCAUGCGCCGGAUUACUACAUGAAGGUGGCGCAGUUUCCGGAGAAUCGUGUGAACAGCGAUACGUACAGCAAGAAGCGGGAGGAGAAUGGAGGAAAUUUCACCGUAGGUGGCGAGGAGCAGCAGCUAUUGCUGCAGCAUCAGCACAAGCAGCUCGAACCACCGCUACCGCUUCCGGCGCCACCGCCUCCUCAUCAUCAUCUGCACCAGCAGCAGCAGCAGCGGCUGAACAGCAAGCUGCAGAAGCAACCGAUCUUCAUGGCCAACGGCGGACUGCCGAAUAUCCGGGAGAACGGCAAUGGGCACAAUGGUCACAACGGCGAGCAGCAGCAGCCGGCUGCAGUGGCGGUUCCCCUCCAGCAGCCCCCAACCCAGCAACUCCAGCAACUCCAACAACUCCAGCACCACCAAAUCCAGUUCCAGCACACGCCGGUUCCAGUGCAGCACCAGAUCCUACUCCACCACCAGCAUCAGCUGCAGCUGCAGCAUCACAAUCAGCCCGUUCCCGUUCCUUCGGUAAUGUUGCGCGAGUUUAAUAUUAUUGAGAACCCGACUUCCGGUGGCCGGCAUCCGCAGAUGGAGCAGCUGCCGCCGUCGCAUCAUGGCAGCCUGGAUCAAUCGGGUUUGGGAAUGGGAAUGGGUAUGCUAGGCGGCGGCGGCGACUGCUUCAUGAUGCCUCGUCGAGUGCCGGCAUUAAACCAGCAUGGCCAUCAUCCAACGCAUCACCUCCAUUCGAAUCUGAAUAUGAAUAUGAAUCAGCACCCGCCAUCGUUCACCAGUUUGGGCUAUGGCCAAUGCCGGGAGAGCGAGCCGCUAUUGCAUGCCAGCAGCAUCGCGCCGGUAGCCAAGAUAAUGCCCAUGCAGCAUGCGCCAAAGUACGAGCCACCACGUUACACUUCUCCCCACACCAUGUUGUCGCACCAGCAGCUACCACCGCAUCCUGCCCUCCAGGAGCAUCAGCAGCAGCAGCAGGAGCUUCCCCAGCGACAGCAACAACAACAGUACGCCAUGUACUCGCAGCAGCCGCAGCUGCCGCCGAAGCCUGCGCCGCUGAGGACGUACAUGAAGCCGCUGCCGAAGCUGCCGGCGGCGGAACUGGAGGAGAGCCGUGACAUGUCCUCCACCGAUGACCUCAGCUCGCGUCCGCACUCGCCAUCGAUGAGCAGCUCGGACGAGAGCUACUCGAAGACCACCGAGGGCGAGGGCGAAAACGACGAGGACUCCAGGCCGCGGAUCCCCAAUGGAGCUGUCCACCACCAUCAUCAUCACCGCAAUGGCUAUAACAAUGGUGGUGGCCUGGUCAAUCCCCUGCAAUGGCUCUAUCCCUGCGACAUUCAGGUGGAUCCCACAUCGCCGGUGGUCGAUCUGCAUGACUUUGAGCUGAGCUCCACCACGGAGAGUCAGCAGCCCAAGGGCGAUAGUUGCAAUAGCUUUGACUAUCAGAAGGCCACGGCAGCUGGAGGAAUUGCCACCAAGUCGCCCUUUGAGCGGGAACUGCAGCGACUGCUCAACGAAUCCUCGAGAGGCCGUGGUUUGGCCACUACUGCGACUGCAACUGCAACUGCUACCACGACGACCACGGAUCACACGGCCAGCAAUGGCAGCCGGAAUGAGAUGAUGAUGAGCUACUCCUUCAGCAAUGGCAAGCUAAGUGGAGCUGGUGGCUCGGGAUCAGCGGUGGGCAAUGGCAGCGGCAGCAGCAAUGGCAAUCUCAGCGGCGGCAGCGGCAGCAACUCGAACAGUGGCAACAACAACAGCGGAGGUCACAAGGCGGAUCUGCAGCAGCAGGAUCCUCAGGAGCUGAAGCUGCCCGGCAGCAGCAGCUUCAUGAUCGCCAAGCAUCCGGUGGGCUUGGAGGCCAUCAAGGAGAUAACGCGCAACAAGAAUCCAUCGGAGUCAAGCCAAAUGCAAACCUCGGACACGGAGUCCUGCGAGAUCCUGCACGAGACGCGCAACCAGAUGCACAUGCUGGCCAUGCUGGAGAUGCAGACGGCCAAGGAGCAGCAGCAGCUGAGGACACAUCGCCAGCGGCCGCGCUCCAAGGAGCUGCAGUACAGCCACGAGAGCCUGGACGGACUGGACGGAGCAGCGAUGCAGCCGCGGCAGCCGCGCUUCCACCACCACCACCACCACCAUCAUCAUCACCACCAGCAGCAGCAGCAGCGGUACAACCAUGUGCAGGAGCAGGAGGAGCGUGACGAUACCGAGGACAACCUGGCCGACGAGGAGUUCGAGGACGAUGAAGUGGGUCGCGAUGUGCGACAGAAGCGCCUACAGAAGCCGGACAAAACCAGUCACAAAAGGGGGGAGCAGGAGCAGGACGCCGACGACGAUGAUGAUGAUGAUGAGGUUGAUGAUGUUGAUCAAGAGGAUGAUGAGGAGCAGGAGCAGGAGCACCGGAACGGAGGGCAGCUGCCGCUGACAAACGGCAGCAGCAAUGUGAUAAACGACGAGCUGAAAUACGGGGCGGCCCAUCUCAACCACCAGUCCAUGGACUCCAAUCCGUUGGAGAGCCAAUCGGAAUGGUCGGACGACGAUUGUCGCGAGGAGGCCACAGGGGGCGCUGAAUCCACGGGCUACAUAACGGAUGAGCCUGGAUUGGAGAACAUCUCGCUGCUGAACGAAGCCGGGCUUACCGAUGCCGAGGGCGCCCUCUCGGACGUUAACUCGCUGUAUAACGCGCCCGAUGUGGACGACACCUCGGUGUCCAGCCGGGCCAGCUCUCGGCUGCUCAGCCUGGACUCGCUGAGCGGCCUCUACGACUGCGAUUUGGACUCCAAGCACGAGCUGGCCAUUGUCAAUGCCUCGCACAAGAUCUCCAGCAAAUUCGGACAGCCCACAUCGCCGGCACAGCAGCAACAGCAGCAGUUGCAGCAUCAGCAUCAGCAGCAGACUCAACCUCAAAUACAAGUUCAGUUUCAGUCCGCCGAGGAGCUGAGAGAGUAAAGAUUGAAGAUUGAUGAUGAUGGAGCGUUAAACACUCAAACGUUGUUAUUGCUAUAAUGCAAAUGGUGUCUAAUAAUUUACAAUAAACCAACCUAAACUAAAGCUAAAGCUAAAGUAAACUAAAUCUAGAAUAGGUGACAGAUAUAUGUAUGAAUCUAUAUAUAUUUAUGUAUGUAAGGAAGCAGAGGCACUUAAAGCUGCUCUAUGGCACCCCUAGAUGUAACUCAUAAAUAGUAUAUAUAUAUUAUAUGCAAGAAAAUCUAUAUGUAUUGAAAGUAAGCUAAACACGUAGUCAUUGGUUACCCAGUUAAGCGUUCCAGUUACUACAAUCCCGCGCGAAAGAAAUCGAAAUCGAAAUUAUAAUUGAUAUUUAUGCAAUGCGAAUCCAUGCGAAUGAAUUCAUCAUUUAGUGCGCUUAGUCCUUGGUCCUCCUAAGGACUGAAUUAACUCCCAUAUGUUAUUAAUGUACGACUAUAUAUAUAUAUGUAUAUCAUUUUGAUAAUCGAAUAAGCAACAAUUUGGCCAUUUAUACGAAGCCACACAACCAAUGCAUGACAAGAUGUAAAUAAAGCAAAACAAAAUGUUAUAGAUAUUUUUCCGAUAUUACUGUAAGGCUUAUAUAAAUUUACCCAUAGACUGCGCCACCAUGAAUUCGAAUUUUAAAUUUAAAUUUAAACCGAAAUUAAAACUCGGAUAAUCGGAUAUUAAAGUCCCACGUGGAAGAUACGUAAA